AAUCUAGAAAGGAGUGUUCUUCUACACAGCAACUUCAAGAAAAUAAAAAAACCUAAUGAUGUGGCUCCACUCGUAGAAAACAACAGUUCAAGCUCCAGUAAAACCAAGAGGAAAAGCAGAAGCCACCUUCCAGGGAAGCAUUCAUCAAGGACCUUAGUGACGAAAAAAAUUCUGAUAACAGAGCUGUGUGAAAGGUUGACAUUUUAUGGCAUUACAGCAAAAAAAAAACCAUUUUGUACAGAAAUGUUGGGAUUGAGUAAACCCAUACCUUCAACAGUAAAAAAAAAUUUUCAAGGUACUUGCUACUUUCUUCCUGUUUUUGGAGGCUGGUUAAAAAAAAAAUACAUGGGUCGUUUCAAUGUAACGUAUGGGAGUUCAUUAAUAUAUUUUGUAAAAAAACUGCUAUUGUCUGUUGUUUCUAUUGAAGACAGCUCUUUUCAAACAUACACAAAUGGAAGCCACUUAGGACGGAAGCUUAAAAUCAUAUACUUUGUUGUUGCGCUGGUGUUUCUUGCUAUUGGAACUGGAGGCAUUAAAGCCAAUGUAUCCCCAUUUGGGGCAGACCAAGUUAAAGAUCUAGGCCCAGAGGCAAUUCAGAAAUUCUUCAAUUGGUUCUACUGGUUCAUCAACAUUGGGUCUUUUUUUUCGUUCACGUUAGUUGUUUAUGUACAACAGGAGGUGAAUUUUUUUUAUGGUUAUAUUAUAACAGCUGGUUCCAUGUUUCUAGCUGUUAUUGCAUUUUGUAUAAAAAAAAACAAAUACAUAGUGCACCCCCCUGGAGGAAGCAUAGUGGGCGAUACAUUUAAAAAAAAUUGGACAGCGAUGAAGAGGAGUAGAAAAAGUGAAAGACCUAUUCCACGGAUCAAGGGAGAGAGUUGGUUGGACAGAGCCAAGGAAACCAGGGGAGGGCACUUCUCAAAUGGUGAAGUGGAAGAUGUCAAAGCUUUGCUGAGAAUAAUACCCAUAUUUGCAAUGUUUAUAAUUUACUGGACACUUUACUCACAGAUGCAGACAACAUAUCUGAUCCAAGCCCAGUACAUGAAGAUAAGGUUUGGUAUUAGUUUUCCUGCUGCCUCGCUGUCUAUCUUCGACAUUGUUGCUGUCCUCAUUCUCAUUCCUUUCAUGGACAAAGUUGUUUAUCCUCUUCUUCGAUACAUUGGAUUUAAAAAAACUCCACUGCGACGUGUUGGCAUGGGCAUGCUCUUUGCAGCUUCUUCUGUUGCAAAAAAAGGAUGUGUGGAGAUGGAACGACGUGGAAGAUUUGAAAGUGGACAUACUGUUAAAAAAAAAUUGUUUGAAAAGACCUUUAUAGCUGCUGAUAUGUCAAUUUUCUACCAAGUGAAAAAAAUUCUGCUUAUUGGAACCAGUGAGGUGUUUACAAGCAUCACAGGGCUCGAGUUUAAAAAAACGCAAGCACCUAGAUGUCUUCAAGGACUUGUAAUGGGUGUUUUCCUGGUCACAAAAAAACUUGGCAACUAUUUGUCUGGUGCUUUGGCAAAUAUCAUCAGUUAUGCCCAACCACAUUGGUAUCCAGCUGAAAAUCCUAACAAUGGCCACUUUGAAUACUAUUUUUUCCUAAAAAAAAGACUAAUGGUGGUGAAUUUCUUUAUUUUUCUUAUUGUUGCUCGUAAAUAUCAGUACGUUGAUCAUAGGAAGCACAAGACUUCACAAGCGAGUAAUCCAAAUUGGGAAAGAAAAAAAAAUCAAUCAAUUGAGUCCUAAUGAAACAAUAGCAAAUGAUGAAUUCUUUUUUUACUAAAUGUGUCUCAAUUGGUCUCUAUCUUAUUGUAAUGUGACUGAAAAGGAUCAAAAAGGAAGUCGUAAUUUUAAAUUUUCCAAUCACAAAUUUUUAGGUGACGUUAAAUAUAUUUUUACUUUAUAAAAAUUGUGUGCAAAAAUAUUCAUAGUAAAACUAAAGAUAUUAAUAGAAAAAAAAAAAUUUUAUUCAAAACAUGCACCUCAUUAAUUGUUUAUAUCUAAUGCUACUUUUGAAAAAAAAAAUGAGAAAUUUUUAUAAUUAUUUUUAUUAAUAAUAUAAUUUAUGUUCAUAAAAAAAACAACUGUACAAUUAUGUAAAUAGACAAUAAAGUACUUUGCUGUAAUGCUAUAAAAAAAAA